UGCUUCAGUAUCAUUUCUCGCUCCACCUUCGCUCUCCAUCUCACACACAAACGGAGAGAGCUGAAGCUUCAAUAAAAGCCCCAAAACCCCAGCGAGUUCAGCCUCUUACAGUUAGGCCUUGAAGACCAAACCAAGCUAUCACCGAUCGAAAGCGAAGCAAGAUGGGGACCCUGGGAAGAGCGAUAUUCACCGUCGGAUUCUGGAUUCGCGAGACCGGCCAGGCCAUUGAUCGCCUCGGCUGCCGCCUCCAAGGCAACUACUACUUCCAAGAGCAGCUGUCUAGGCAUAGAACUCUCAUGAACAUAUUUGAUAAAGCUCCUGUGGUUGACAAGGAUGCAUUUGUGGCCCCUAGUGCUUCUAUCAUUGGGGAUGUUCAAGUUGGAAGAGCAUCAUCGAUUUGGUAUGGAUGUGUCUUGAGAGGUGAUGUGAACAGCAUCAGUGUUGGAUCUGGAACUAACAUACAAGACAACUCCCUGGUGCAUGUGGCGAAGUCUAACCUAAGCGGGAAGGUCUUACCUACUAUCAUUGGGGACAAUGUUACUGUAGGUCAUAGUGCUGUUAUACAUGGCUGUACUGUUGAGGAUGAGGCCUUUGUUGGUAUGGGAGCAAUACUCCUUGAUGGUGUUGUAGUUGAGAAAAAUGCUAUGGUUGCUGCUGGAGCCCUUGUGAGACAGAAUACGAGGAUCCCCUCUGGUGAGGUAUGGGGAGGCAAUCCAGCAAAAUUCCUGAGAAAGCUCACUGACGAAGAGAUAGCCUUUAUUUCCCAGUCAUCCACCAAUUAUUCGAACCUUGCACAGGUCCAUGCUGCUGAGAAUGCAAAGCCAUUUGAUGAGAUUGAGUUUGAGAAGGUUCUCCGCAAGAAGUUUGCUCAUCGGGAUGAGGAGUAUGACUCAAUGCUGGGUGUUGUUCGUGAAACUCCCCCUGAACUUAUUCUUCCAGAUAACAUCCUACAAGAUAAAGCGCCAAAGGCUCCUCAAAAAUGAGAUUUAGCAAGUUUUUUCUUCAGCUCGGAGCUUGAAAUUCCAUCGAGGAAUAUUUGUUGUUAUGAGCAAAUACACGAAAAAAGGGAUUAUUUUCUUUCCCAAUAAUGCCAGACGUGUUAGGGCAGAAUUAUGGCUUCUUUCUGGCUUUUUGCUCUAGUCUUCCUGCAGUUUUUUGGAAACUGUCUUCUGCUUUGGGUGAAACUGAUGGCAUAAGCUGCACAAAUGUUAAAUGUUUGUGUUCCUUGUGUCUAAGGUACCUGUUCUUCAGAUGAUUUAUUGAUCUGUACUUGUAAGUGUCAACUCAUUCUAGGCCACGACAUGAGAAUAUUUUCUCCCUGAAGUUAAAUGUUUUGCAGUACUCUUCUGAUAGUA